CCAACAUCUGCCUGUUCUGCGCCUCUUCCGUCUCUGCAGCCUUCAUCAAGCAUCCAUUGCACGUCGCCGUCGCUUUCACGCUUCUCUGCGCCGCAUUCGGUCGUGCAUCGCGCUCUUGGCCCUCGCUCAGCUCUUGACAUCAACACAACACAACACCACCCACAACACCACACCGGGCGCACCCACCAGCCGCCAUCACGCUCUCUUUCGCUGCCAUCGUCGCACAUGCACGAGACGCUUGUCUGCUGUCCAUGUUACCUUGACAUUGUGAAAUUCCCAAACACAGGCGGUCCAAGUGGCCUCUCACCGCGUUUGCACCGCGCACGCCUUCGCUCACAGCUGCCUCGCACGUCUGCAGUAGGCCUCACCGCAAGCCAGCUCCAUGUCUAGCCGCGCGAAGCGCAAGCUCGAUACCGACCCCAACGCAUCCGACCCCGAGGAUUACGACUACGACGAUUCGGAACGUCGCGCACCACCCCAGCGCCGCCGCCAUCAUCGAGAGACACCGGGAUCCAAAAAGCGGCCCUCGAAGCGUCAGCGACGCGCAUACGGCGGCUCGGACAUCGACGACGACGACCAAAUCGAGUCGGACGACUCCUUCACAGAGCGCUCCGAGUCGGAGGAACCCGAGAUUAAUCCUGCGACGGGCAGAAGCGUGCGCCGCGCCACCAAGAAGCAGAUCACGUACGAAGAAAGCGAAGAGGACGAGCCAGACGAGAUCAAGGACACUUCAUCGGAAGACGAAGAGCCUACGUCUGCCUCGCGACGCCGAGCCAAACCAUCCAUCGAGCAGGUGGAGAAGCCAUCGCUCAUUGUCAAGCUGAAGAUGCCUGACCACGCCUCUGGCCGUAGCCUUCGCACCCGCACCGGCAGCAAGUCCAUUACUCGCGGCAAGACGCCAGAUGUACCAGGUACGCGACGCAGCAGUCGUCUUUCGCACGAUGUAGAGGCACCCAUAGUGCAACUCUCCGAUUCUGGUAGGCAUGUCAACAUUGUACGUCCCGGCACUCGUAGCCCCGAGCCAGUCAUCUCGCGUGCAACGCGAGGCGGGAAGGGUCCGAGGGUUCAGCAUCCCAGCGCCAUCAUGGAAGCCUCGCAAGAAACCUCCAUGGUUCGCGAUGAGGAGAGCCCUGGCCCGCUUGACGCGCUCCUCGCUGGUGCUGAGACUCAAGUGCAAGCCAGCACAGAGAGCUCACCCCUACAAGACGCUCAGCACAAGGACGAUGCGGAUGACGAGGAGAUGCAAGGUGUGAUUCAGGAAUCCCAACACGAUGGUGCUACUGAAGAGUCGGACGAGGAAGGUCCAGUUACGAGGGGUGGUCGUAAUCUGAGGUCCCGUGCGACAUCAGCCAAACGCAAGCGAGGUGCUGAUGAGAGCAGUGACUUUGAGCCAGCUGGUGAGGAUGAGAAGGAAGAAGAACUGUCGGAUUCGGAUCACGGCAAAGAAAAGCGCUCCGCAUCUGAAAGCGCUUCAGGCUCAGGGCGGCGGUCGAACCGGCUGCGAGGAACUCGCCAGUCCCAGCGAAGUAGGCGCCACUCUUCAUCCGAAGAGUCCGGACUGGAUCAAGAUGAACUGCAAGACGAACUCCAAGAACUUGGCACAAACAAGCGCAGACGUCUGAGCAGACGCGUGCCCGACAACGAUCUCGCGUAUGACUCGGCACCUAGACGACGGGCUCGUGCUGCUAAUCCGGACUAUCGCGUCGUACGUCCAGAGUUGAAUGCAGUAUUCGAAGGCGACGAUGAUGCGCCCACAGCUGGCAAAUCACGGUCAAAAGGCGGGCGCUCGGCAUACCGCAGCCUUUGGGGGAAUCGAGGCCCUUUUGGUGGCGGUGUCGAAGCUGGCAUGGGUGCAGUUGGCGGUCAAGACUCCGACAGCAGCGAUGAUGAGAACCAAAAGAUGCCCAAACCUGUCGGUGGCAUGAUCGGCAUGACUCCAACGACAGCAACGGCUCCCACGUUUGGCUUCCCUCAAACUCACAAUGCUGACCCGCAACAAGCCUCAGGAGGAGGCCCUGCGAAUCUUGGGAAAGUCAAGGAUAGGAAGGCUCUGGCAGAUGCUGAUCCUCUUGGAGUUGAUCCAAACGUCAACUUCGAUGGCGUUGGCGGACUUGAUGAUCAUAUCAACAAGCUCAAGGAGAUGGUAAUGCUUCCUUUGCUUUACCCUGAAGUCUUCCAACGCUUCAAGAUUACUCCGCCUCGGGGAGUGUUAUUCCACGGUCCUCCAGGUACUGGUAAAACUCUGCUCGCACGGGCGCUGGCCUCCAGUGUCAGCAAUCAUGGACAAAAAGUCACCUUCUACAUGCGUAAAGGCGCCGAUGCCCUCAGCAAAUGGGUCGGAGAAGCGGAACGGCAGCUUCGUCUUUUGUUCGAAGAGGCUCGGAAAACUCAGCCCAGUAUCAUCUUCUUCGACGAAAUUGAUGGACUGGCACCCGUACGGUCCAGCAAGCAAGAGCAAAUCCAUGCUUCGAUCGUUGCAACACUUCUUGCUCUCAUGGAUGGUAUGGAUGGUCGUGGCCAGGUCAUCGUAAUAGGUGCGACCAACCGACCUGACUCGGUAGAUCCGGCUCUAAGGCGUCCUGGUCGAUUUGACCGCGAAUUCUACUUUCCGUUGCCCAACGUGGCCGGACGCCGGGCAAUCAUCGAUAUCCACACUAACAAAUGGGAACCGCCAUUAAAGCCUGAGAUGAAAGAUUCGCUUGCCGAGCUGACCAAAGGCUACGGCGGUGCCGACAUUCGUGCACUAUGCACAGAAGCGGCAUUGAACGCUGUGCAGGGGACCUUCCCUCAAAUCUACACAUCAGAGAGGAAACUCCUAAUUGAUCCUAGCACCAUCAAGAUCCUCGCGAAAGAUUUCAUGAUAUCGGUCAACAAGAUGGUCCCGUCUUCCCAGAGAACAGUCACAGCAAGCGCAGCACCGCUUGCAAAGAACAUCGAGCCUUUACUACGAAAACCACUAGAGCAUAUCUUAAAGCGCAUCGAUGAGCUUAUCCCGAGGAGAAAGAAGCUCACGGCGCUUGAGGAAGCAGAGUAUGACGAUCGCGAAGACGAAAAGGGCUUCGAGCGCGAGACCACCAUGCGUAACUUCGAAACCAGCAGGAUUUUCCGACCUCGCCUUCUCAUCACUGGCUUGCAAGGCAUGGGUCAACAGUACCUAGGCGCUGCACUACUCAACAAGAUUGAAGGUCUGCAUGUGCAAUCAUUCGACCUUCCUACCAUUCUGGAGGACCCCGCUCGGACGCCAGAAGCAGCCAUAACUCAACUCUUCACUGAAGUCAGGCGCCACAAGCCUAGCGUCAUUUAUAUCCCAUCUGUUGACGUUUGGUACCAAACCCUACCAGGGCCAGCUAUCAAGACGUUCAAACUCCUUUUACGCAGUGUUGGCGCGAACGAGCCUAUCCUGCUAUUGGGUGUAAUGGAGCUCGCUAACGAGAAAGAAAAGCCCGACCGUCAGAUGAUGAUGGACUUGUUCUCAUUUUCGCAAAACAACCAGUUCCAGCUCGCACGGCCUGACCUAGAAGGGCGAUCCGAGUUCUUCAAUGACAUCAGCCACUAUAUCCGCAUGUCUCCGGCUGACUUCCCUGAUCCGGAGAACAGGAAGAAACGGAUAUUGCCCGAGUUGGAAUUUGCACCUAUUACUACUCCGACUGUUGAUCCUAAAGAACUUCUUGCCCGCGAGAAGUUACAGAAAAAGCAGGACCGGAUGACGCUCAAUAAGCUGAAGAUUGUUGUCCAGCCUGUCAUGGAUCAGUUGAAAAGGACAUACAGGAAGUUCUUCAAGCCAAUCUUGGAAGAGAGCUGGUACGCGUACCUCCUUGAAGAACAGGAUCCGGAACAUUUCAGCACAGACCUACCACGCGAGCAACAACAAGAACAAGGUGUCGUUCGGCCAUGGGAGUUCUCCAAAGAUGCUAGAGGAGUUGAUGUAUUGCUACACGUUGAGAGUGGCAACAGAUACUACAAUCUCGAUCUGGGCAAUAUCGAAAAGCGUCUAUCAAAUGGUUACUACAAACGCCCCAAAGACUUCUUGUUCGAUAUCAAGACUCUGGCAAAGGAUGCUAAAACAUACGGUGAUGCCGAGCGGGUGUUGAAAGGCAACGAGAUGGCAGCAAACGUGGAAGUCGAUAUGGAGAUGAUUGGGCAACAGAACCCGGGUUUGUUGGCAGAGUGUGAGGCAGUCUAUGUUCGCGAAUUAGAGAGGGAACGGCAAAUGCAAGAGAAGCGCGACAAAGCCCUUGCUGAGGGCAAGGAAUUGUCCACCGACGUCGCCAGAGUUCCACCAGAGCAAUCGCUCGGGACAACCGAGACAUCGGGACCCAUCGUGCUUGGCGAACCUGUUCCUGGACAUGCAGCUAUGCCACCAGUGACGCCGUCACGGUCAGCUCCAACUGGUGCCCUGUCGAACGGGACAAGUGGAGUAGAGGGCGCACAGCAUACACACUCGAAUGGCUCCACCGUGCCUUCUCGAACAGAAGACGACACACAUAUGCCCGAUAGCCAGGACUUGAACGUGAACACACAAAACGAUUUCCAUUUCCAGACACCAGGCAGAAUUGACACUCAGGCGACUCAGACGCAGAAGUCACAGCUGUCAGGACGCACAUUCAUGGGGCCAAACUCGAACCCUAAUGACUAUCACAACAGUGCAUCCACAACGACUUCUGGUCAAAAGACGUCAAAUCGGUCUUCGGAUAACAAGUUUGGUACUCAAAGCAGCAACGGCGCUGCGCCAGCUGGUAUCCCCAACUUCUCUGAAAUGAUGCCCGAAGCGGGUGGGUCACAGCUGCCCGACACACAAGAAGUCCACUACGUCAGCAGUCAGCUGUCCAAUUCGCAGCCUUCGCAGUCUUCGCAGCAGCUAAAUACGAUGCCUGCACCUGCUCCGCCUCGGCAUACAACUAAUCUUGCAGACAUUCUCAACGACGAUGAGCCGAAGCCGCAACUCAUUUUAGACGAUACCAUACUUAUCGAGCUUCAUCGCAAUUUGGUCUCCUCGACUUCUGGAUGCACCCUCGAGCAAUUGGAACAAAUCAACGCCGCGCUCAUGGAUGCCAUUUGGAAGCACCGAGCCGACUACAACCGUAAUGUCGUACUCCAGAAAGUCAAGGAAGCAUUUAAUGUUAUCAUUGAGGAUAUCCAGGCCAUGCAGCAGAUUCUCAAGUGUAGCCAAGAAGAGCUAGAAGCCCAGACUGCUCACUAUCACGGAUAUGGUGGAGCCACGCAGCUUGGACUACCACCUCCUAGUCAGGACGAUUGGUUCCCAACGGGGCAGGCAACGCAGGCGGAUAUUCGUUAGGAGUUGAUGCGUAACCUGGGGUGUUCGCUAAUCUACGAUCAAGACGUCCUUGCAAGGGCUGCUCACCCUAUACUCCCAUUUGUCCUUUCAUUGCACAUUCGGCGUUUUGGAUGAGUUGCUUGGCGUGGGUAUUUGUUUUGAAGAGAUGAAAUGGCGAUGCAUGGUUUGAUAGCACGAGUGGGCAUUUCCACGCUUUAGACAUUGUUGCAAACAUGUACUACGACUCACUUUUACUUUGCUCCCAAGGAAGCUUGCUUUAAACUGGUCUUGGGGCUAGUGCAUAUGUAAAUGAGGAUACAGAAGGAAUCGUAGACAUUGAAACAAAAUGACCCUUUUAAUACACCCUCGAUAUGUGCAAAUUAAACC